CUCCAGUGAGCCCUGGGCCACGCAGUAUACAGAGAGCAAGGUGGUGCCAGGCAAGAAUCAUGACCAGUGACAAACACUGCUGAAAGCCACUUUGUCGACUCCAGUCUCGCCCUCGCAGAAAUGGAAUAUCUGAGAGCGAACUGGUUGUAUAUAGCAGUGAGCGUGGGCGGUGUUGCUGUGGGCGUGAGCUUCAUGUUCCUACUUUAUUGUUGUUUACGCUCUAAGUUACGCCAUUCUCGGGAAGACCCGAGUGCAACACCCUCACCUUCGAGUCAUCACUCCUUACCUCCCUGUUCUCCUACCCUCUCAGGGAUACACAGAGAACGCGUCCCAGCAAAGCCGAGAGCUUCAAGAUACCAGUCCAGUAGCAGUCAACCCGCAGUCCCCACCGACAGCUUCGAAACAUCAAGUUACAUAAAGAAACCUGUUGCACGUAUAUCCAACGGCCCGCCUCUUCGGAGGGCACCAACAUGCCCUCAGGAUGACGCCUAUUUCUACACAGAACCCGAUUAUCCCUCAUACAUACUACCAGAUAAGAUUGUUUGUCCUUCAUCUGAGCCAUUUCAGUUGUUUGACAAGUCGCCCAAGCCACAUAAUAAUGACUCGCAGAACCUGAAAGAAUUCCCUUCCAAAACUUUCCCGAAAGUCUCCUCGGGAAAUCAUGCAAAAUUCAAGACGCUGGGCCACUACCCAUCAAAUCUUCGGCCUACCCCUGAGCACAUUGUAUGUUCAUUUAAUAGGAGAGCCUCACCCUCCUGUAGACUUAACGCAACUUCCGAAAACACACCUCCAACUAUAACAUUAACCAGUACCUCCAGCUCGAUGUCUUCUCCCCCUCCUCUUCCCCUCCCUCGUGAUUUUCCUCCUAGAUCUCCUUUACGCUCGCCACUAGGUAUGCCAGUAUUGCCUCCAGACCCCAAAAUAGACAAAAUAGAGGAAGCUACAGUGGAAAUCUCCAUGCCAAGCGACAAUGGCAUCUUCAGGUUUUGCGAAGCAAAAACCCCGCCCAUGGGGCCAGUAACCAUGGCCCUAAAGGGGGUUGACAAGAAGUUCAGAGUUAAACUAAAGCUAGCAUUAGAAGAUUGAAAGUAAUUGUUUAAGCUGUUUGGAUAAUGUGAAUCUGUAUAUUUAAACAUGAGUUAUUCCUCAAUUAUUCUCUGCAACAUUUUCUGUUGAAAUUUUUUUCUUUCA